UUUAGAAUUAACAUAAUUUACCUCGAGGAGGUCAGUGAUUCAUAUUGGUGUUCCCCUCAGUUGUUCCCAAGCCAGAUAUUCGAGACAGCACAAGCACGCGAUGGCGAGUUUCGUGGGCCGAGUUGUACUUAUUACGGGAGCGAGUGCCGGGCUUGGAGAGGGGACGGCUUUGCAUUUUGCCAAAAAGGGAGCCAAACUCGCGCUAACCGGACGAGAUAAUUCGAGACUUGAAGAUGUCGCUAAGCGAUGCAUGGCGUGCGGGGUACCUGCUGAUAACAUUCGGACUAUUUCUGGUGACCUGACUGACUCGGCGUUCAGGAAGGACACCAUUGAAAAGACGGUCGCCAAGUUUGCCAGGCUCGAUGUACUGGUGAACAACGCUGGUGUGGUCUUCCCUGGGGAGUCCAUGGGUAUGUCGGAGUCCGACUACGAUAAGUCGAUGGACCUCAACAUGAAGGUGCCCUUCCUCCUGUCACAGCUGGCAGUCCCCCACUUGGAGAAGUCGCAGGGGAACAUUGUAAAUAUAUCAAGUCUUUGCGGGACCAGGGCGAUGCCGGAGGUUGGGAUCUACUGUGUCGGCAAGGCCGCCCUUGACAUGUUCACUCAGUGCCUGGCUUUGGAGCUCGCGCCCAAAAAGGUUCGGGUGAAUUCUGUGAGCCCCAGCACUGUGGCUACUUCGAUCUUCGGACGAGAGGGUUCUGCCCUCCAUGGCAAAGACGACGAGAUACAGAAGCCAGUGCCAGCCCCCCUUGGCAGAUUGGGCACGCCCCAAGAUGUGUCUGAGGCUAUUGGCUACCUUGCCUCCGACGCUGCAAGCUAUGUGACGGGACAGAUUCUCUUAGUCGAUGGGGGCCGAAGCUGUACCUUCAAGUGA